CUGUGCACAGUCCUCACCCCCUCUCCGGCCACAGGUGCGCGGAGCCGGGAGAGACCUCGGAGGAGCAGCGGGAAGAUGGCUCUGGUCAAGGUCUACUCGGUGCUGGAAGUGUUCUUGAUAACUAUACUUGUAGUGGAAGGAAUUGCUGUGGCUCAAAAGACUCAAGGUGGGCAGAAUAUUGAAGGUAAUCGCUUAGGAUCUACCCAGUGUAGUGGCUGGGUGCAAACAAGCAACGGAGGUCACUUUGCUUCACCAAACUUUCCUAACUUUUACCCACCCAACCAGGAGUGUGUCUAUAUUUUAGAAGCUGCCCCACGCCAAAGAAUAGAAUUGACUUUUGAUGAACCAUACUACAUAGAGCCUUCAUUUGAAUGUCGAUUUGACCACCUAGAAGUUCGAGAUGGACCUUUUGGUUUCUCCACACUCAUUGAUCGCUACUGUGGUCCGAAAAGUCCUACCCUAAUUAGAUCAACAGGGAGAUUUAUGUGGAUAAAGUUUACUUCGGAUGAAGAGAUAGAAGGACAGGGAUUUAAAGCAAAAUAUUCAUUUAUACCAGAUCCUGACUACACAUACCUAGGAGGUAUUUUAAAUCCUAUCCCAGAUUGCAAGUUUGAGCUGUCAGGAGCUGAUGGAAUAGUGCGUUCCAGUCAGGUAGAGCAAGAAGAGAAAACAAAGUCUGGACAAGCAGUGGACUGCAUAUGGACAAUUAAGGCUACUCCAAAUGCCAAGAUAUAUUUGAGGUUUCUAGACUACCAGAUGGAACAUUCAAAUGAAUGCAAGAGAAAUUUUGUGGCUGUAUAUGAUGGAAGCAGUUCCAUUGAAAACUUAAAAGCAAAGUUUUGCAGCACAGUGGCAAAUGAUGUCACACUACAGACUGGCAUUGGGGUGGUACGGAUGUGGGCAGAUGAAGGCAGUAGAUUAAGCAGGUUCAGAAUGCUCUUCACAUCAUUUGUGGAUCCUCCCUGCUCAGGCAGCACUUACUUUUGCCAUAGCAACAUGUGCAUCAAUAAUUCUUUAGUCUGCAAUGGCAUUCAAAACUGUGCAUACCCUUGGGAUGAAAACCACUGCAAAGAAAAGAAGAAAACAGGAUUAUUUGAACAAAUAACCAAAACGCAUGGAACAAUAAUUGGGAUUACUUCAGGAAUUGUUUUGAUUCUUCUCAUCAUUUCAGUCCUGGUGCAGGUCAAGCAGCCCCGCAAGAAAGUGAUGGCUUGCAAAACUACUUUUAAUAAAACUGGCUUUCAGGAGGUUUUUGACCCUCCUCAUUAUGAGCUCUUCUCACUGAGAGACAAAGAGAUUUCUGCCGACUUGGCUGACCUGUCUGAAGAGCUUGAAAACUACCAGAAAAUGAGGCGCUCUUCAACAGCUUCAAGAUGCAUUCAUGACCAUCACUGUGGCUCCCAAGCCGCGACUGUAAAGCAAAGCAGGACCAACCUCAGUUCAAUGGAACUUCCUUUCCGAAAUGAUUUUGCACAGCCUCAGCCAAUGAAGACCUUUAAUAGCACCUUCAAAAAAAGUAGCUAUACAUUCAAACAGGCUCAUGAGUGCCCAGAGCAAGUGAUAGAGGACAGGGUGAUGGAGGAGAUUCCAUGUGAAAUCUAUGUGAGGGGUCGAGAGGAUGCUGCUCAGGGCUCAUUAUCAAUUGACUUUUAAUCUCCUUUUAAAGGUGAAAUGUGUGUGUGUAAAUAUUAUAUAUAAAAUAUAUGUGUGUGUACAAAAAUGUACCAUAUGGAAUUUGAUGGAGACAUGAGUAUUCAUUCUUUUUAGCUCGUUUAAUUUUUCCCCUGAAAGAAAACUCUUCAUAUAUCAUUUUUCCCCUCAAACUGCCCAUCUGGUUGAAGAACAAAACAGCAGAUUUUGCAUGAGGCUUCAACUACAUUACUUUAAAAAAACACACACACACAAACCCAAAAAUUUAACACAGCUUGGUCGUGGACUGCAUAUAUUCUCUACCUUCCUUCAUUUCUGUUUCCUUCCUGCAGGAACUUGGUCUUCAACCCAGAAGCUUAAUUACUUCAGUAAUAAAAAAUAAGUGGAUACAACACUAUAUAGUUUAACAUCAAAUGUGGUUAUCAUAUUUGUCAAAUUGUAGCUAGAGUUAUAGUGGUAAGUGCCAAUUAAGACUCAAAUGAGUUACAUUGCAUCCAUCUGGUUCAUCUUGUCUAAUUUUUUUAUAUUGCUGCCUUUUU